CUCUCUCUAAACUUGUAUUCUCUUGGAUCUUCCUAUUAAUAAAAUAAUAUCCACAUUCCCACAUCUAAUCGCGUCCUCGUUAGAAUUAUGCUGACCUCAUACACUCAGUUAAACACAAACAAUUGGCAUCCACCAUGGGACCACGAGUAUGUCAGGAAAACAAAUAGCAACCCAAGGUACAUAGCAACCCUAUGCUUCAAAAUCCAUAGACGACACUAUCGACCCGUUGAAGGCGGUCACCUGAUAGAGAAUUUUAUACACAUAGAUGGACCGCAACGUCGUGCUGAUCAAAGAGGUGGAACCAAAUAUUUCGAGAAAAGAAAUUCGUGCACAAUUAAGGCAACAAAAUAAGCUGAUAUUCUAUAUGCAGGAGAAAAAGAACCACAUAAGCGAGCUCAUGAGCACGAGCAAAGCUUCUCGAGAAGCCACUCCAAACACAACCCUAGCCGCUUUAGAGACCCAGACCCAACCUCAAGCGCCUCAGGCGGUCCCUCCACAGAAGAGAGCGUAUCUCGAUUUCUUGGAGGAACAUCUUUCUCCUUGUUACAAAGCUUCACAAAGGCAUGUGAUACAAUAGCCACUGUGCAUGGAAAUCAUGGCCAAACAUAUUCCAAAAAACCCAUCCACCCUUCUCACGUACAAUGUUACUACGGACAUUGAUGAUAACCUUAGCGCCUUCAGCCUAUGUAUUCAGUUACAAAAAUACUCCAAUGCCAUCAUGGUCAGGUAAAUGCAUCGACUGGUACUAUUGCUUGACAAACGAGAUUAUCCAAACAUUCGACGAACUGAUACACCUCUUCACAACGAAGUUUUCCACAGAGAAAAGAAGACCUCCUCCACCCAAGGCUCUCGCUGACAUACACCAAAAGGAGAAUGAAAGUUUGAGAGCCUUCUACAUGUGACGAGCGUGUGUUGCAAUGGCGGUACGUGACAUUACUCCAGAAGCUGUUGCGGCCAAGUGGAAUCUACCAUUCAUAUUCUUAGAGACUGUCCACCAUCAAAAAUUUUCUAGACCAGACGCGUCCCCAGCAUAAAAAAAACAGAGUUCCUUCACGGCAACCGCUGCCGAUUCACUCCACCUUCUUUAGCAUCACCGCUUGGCUAAUAUGGAAGAACAAGAAUGAUAUUUUCUUCAAAGGGGUCCCCUCGACUCUCACCCCCUUCCUUGGCUCACUCUAUCAUCGUCAAAGUCAAGUUGUGGGUGAAGCUCAAUAUUGAUUGCUCACUCUAUCCUCGACCCCCCUCUUUCCUGUCGAGUUCGAAUAAUAUACCAGUUCCACAGAUCAUGGCAGCAGUUGCAUGGACACCUCCUCCGAAAGGGUGGCUGAAGCUCAAUAUUGAUGGCGCCUCAAAUGGGAAUCCAAGACUUGCUGGUGCGGGAGGAGCCUUGACAGAUGGGGUGUGGGCGGUGGAUUACCGGGUUCACAACAAAGAUUGGUGAAACAUCAAUGGCUCUGGCUGAGUUGUGCGCAUUUUAUCAUGGGUUGGGUUUAGCUUAGAAAUCAGGAUGUCGAAACCUUAUUAUAGAGUCGUACUUGCAACUUGCCAUUCAGCUGUUUAGCGACAGACAUGACCCAGUACAUUCUUACGCCACCUUGCUUUCCUUAAUUCGUAGGAAAAUAAGUCGAGAUUGGCUGGUGUGCAUUCUUCAUGUAUACCGAGAGGGAAUAGAGUCACAAAAUUAUUUCCGAAGCGCAGUCUCAUCUACCCCUACGAUAUACAUGAGCUUGCACAACUACUUGCGGGCGUGAUUUCCAUUCUCAAUGACAAUAUUCAGGGAGUGUCUUUCGAUCAGCAGAUUGUGUCCCUCCAUAGUACUUCCUCUCUUCAUCCUCCACCACUGUAAGUCUCUGUUUCUUGGCAUUAACCUCCAAAUAUGCGAAAAAUAGUAUAACAAGCAUCAUUACAUACUAAAUAGUUUUUUUUUUUUUUACAAGGGUGGUAUAGAUUUACUUUUUAUGGUUAGGUACUAUUAAAAGAAUUCGAAUAUG